GCAGCAAUCAAGAAAGUGACCCGGAUCGUAGUGCAAAAGGCUCUUCUCUAACCGGUAAGCCUCUUCAAGAGACCAAAUGAUAAGAAAGAUGCGUAACAGAAGAGACGAAGAAGAUGUAUUUUCAGAGAUGAAGAAGAUGAAAAAGGUAUUGUUUUUUCUUUUUUUUUUUUUUUUUAAUGGCGGCUGACUCUAUCACCUCGAACGAGCGGUGCUCCCUGUCUCCGACCUCAAUCCCUUUCUUGCUCCCUCACGCGCAACCAACGCAUACACAAACAGAUUCUCUUCUUGUUCAGCUCGCUAUGUAACAAUGGUAAGAGGUUCAUCUCAGUCCCAAUCGUCAUCUUCCUCGACCUCCAGGCCCGGACUCAUGGCUCCGCGCGGUUCUGCUGCUGCGACGGCUGGCAUGCGCCGUCGUCGGGUCGGCGCAGCUUCUGCUACAGCCAGCUCUGGGGGGAUCGGCGGCGGUUCUGGCCCCGGUGGCAACAUGCUUGGGUUCUACACCGAUGAAGCCCCCGGCUUGAAGAUCUCACCGACCGUCGUUCUCGUCAUGAGCCUCUGCUUCAUCGGCUUUGUCACGGUCCUCCACGUUUUUGGCAAGCUUUAUCGCCGAUCCGGCGAUGGAGCUUAGUUUUCUCUUUCGGAUUCGCAUACUUUCAUUGUGGAUCUUCGAUCGUUCUUCUAGAGCCAUAGCGAUCUUCAGCUCCUGACUUGAUAAAUGGGUAAGUUGGGAGUCACACAAGCGCUCCAGUAAUAAUGGUAGAGAAAUCCAAAAAUGGGAUCCGAGAAAGUUGUAAAAGUUGCAGAGGCAGGUAAUCUGGUUUGUCACGGCGUCUUUGAUGGGGCUGCAACAGUUGGCUGCUGGGGUACGGCCAAGCUUUCUUAGCCAUGGUGUCUCCCAGAUCAACCCAUAUCAGAACCAACUCUGGUACUGAUCCAUUCAUGGAGACAGCUCACUUUCUGCACACCUGUGGCCUCUGUAAACGACGCCUGGCGACUAGCUGUUGUGGCUCCAACAAGACCAACAUGGUGAGAGAAAGAUUGGAGGGUAGGGAUCUCCGGAAGGAGCUGGAGGUGGAAGAAUUUUUUUUUUUUUCUUUCGCAUCUCGCAUCGUGCUGAUAAUGUGUGAAUUGUUAAAAAGAGAGAUUCAAAG